UCUUACGUUGCAAUGUAGAGUCUCGAUAACUGCAGCUCCUUUGUAACAUUCCUGCCCGGUGACUCAGAGCAGAUGUAACCUCAACGCUACAGGAUUUAAUAGCAAAAACAAUCACAGUCUGGGAAGGGCUCUGGAAUUCUUUGCAUCAGCUUAAGAAGAUUUAACUACUUUGAGUUCUGUCCAGAGGGUAAAGUUUCUAAAGCAUGAAGAUUUUGGUCUUGGUUGAUUUUAUCCUUGCAGCUCACUUGGUGGAUGGCACUGAUAGCUCUGAUCUACAGAACUGUUUUCAGGAGCACUUGCAGCUUCAGGCUCAGGUGAGACUUCUGGAGCAUCGUGUGAAACAGCAGCAGUUGAGAAUUAUUCAGCUUCUAGAGAAGAAAGAGAUUCAGUACAGUGAUGAAGGAGAUGAAAACAAUGUCAUUGACUUGGGAGGAAAAAGACAGUAUUCAGACUGUGCAGAAAUCUACAAUGAYGGACACAAGCAAAGUGGAUUUUAUAAGAUGAAACCUGUCCAGAGUCCCAACGAGUUCCUUGCUUUCUGUGAUAUGUCUGACGGGGGUGGCUGGACCGUUUUUCAAAGACGUUCGGAUGGCAGCCAGAAUUUCAAUAGAGUCUGGGCUGACUAUGAAGAAGGCUUUGGAAAUUUUGCUUCAGCAAAUGGUGAAUUUUGGCUUGGAAAUAAAAAACUUCAUUAUUUGACCAGUCAAGGGAAUUAUACUUUAAGAAUUGAUCUAACUGAUUUUGAAGGAGAACGACGUUAUGCACAAUAUACAAGAUUCAGAGUUGCAGGUGAAGAGCGUUCAUAUGAGAUGAGCUGUGGUGAAUAUUCGGGUACAGCUGGGGAUUCCCUUACUGGGGGUUUUCACCCUGAAGUUAAGUGGUGGGCUGAUCAUCGAGGAAUGAAAUUCAGUACUCGAGACAGGGACAAUGACAACUAUGAAGGCAACUGUGCUGAAGAGGAAAAGGCUGGCUGGUGGUUUAACAGACUGAACGGUGUGCCUGCUCAACAGAAAGUUUGAAGGCCAAAGUGAUUCCGACAUAAGCUGAUCCUUCUCAACACUAAAAUCAAUUUUGAUAUCUGCAGAUUUAACCUUUCAUCUAACACGCAACCAAAACUCAGCUUUAAAAACUGCAAGCAAUGAACUGGUCCAUAUACAUGAGGAUUUUCCUAUGAGGCUUUUGUCAGUUUCUCUAUUUCUUUUCUUGAAUUCAGCAAGUGUAAGCAAAGCCAAAGAGACUUGCCAAUAAUAAUAUCCAUAAGUUUCAUUUGGACUGUUUUCUGUUUGAAUAUUUUCUGAAGUCUGUAUUUGAAAUCCAUUGCAGUGCUUGACAGCUAGGUAUUAACAGCACUAAACCAAAAUACUCAGUUGGCAGAUAAGCUGAUUCAUUACAAGAUGCUGCAAAAGAAACAGCUGUUUUGUUCUCCAUAUGAUCACAUCUCAACUUUCUUCUUUCUCAUAAAAAAAAGCAAAUGACCAUCAAGGCUCUACUGAUACCUAGUCAAAUUUGGGGAUUUUGCAGAGUUUUUGU